UCCUGUCCUGCAUAUUCAGUCACGAGCCCAAGGAUGGCCUCCAUGAUUCAACAAUUAAACCCGCUUACAUAACUCCACUUUGUUCAGUAGAAGGAAACCUAUUCACGCGGACACUAAGGGCAUUUGCAGUGGGAUAAUCCCUAAACGGUGACUGGUAUUCAAUGCUUUGGGAACGGCGGUCCGUCUGCUGUCUUUAUUUCCUGGUGUUCGUGACAACUUUUGUCCUCUCAGAUUGCUAUUUCACUCUGACGACUUCGCAAAAGUUUAUCUGUGGCUGAGCAGUUUAUGCCCAAAAUAAUGCAUUGUUUUGUUGGUUGGAGAGAAAUCGUCGAUCCCUUCACUGUAAUGUAAUGGCCUGGUGAGUUUUGGGACAAACACAUAAGCGAAGACUGCACCAACGAAGCUAUAACUCGAGUCACUGUUGACUGGAUAAACAGUGAAUCGUGCGUGUAUAAACCACGAAUACAGAUCAACGGAGCGAAAACUUGAGGUGGUGCGUUCACGGAGACUUCUAUCAUUCCGGCAACAGCGCCAGUCAUGACGACCAUUGCUCCAACCUCCCUCUUGUUUCUCGUCCUGCUGUUGAUACCACGUGAAUCAGCUGCCGUGGCCAGCCAGCAACCGUUAGCGUGCGGUGACAGCACGGGCGCCGUGGCGCCCCUGUGCCGUUGUACCGUCGAUGGCAGCAGGAAGAUCGUGAACUGCUCCGACUUGCAGCUGCAGACCGUACCCGCUGGUAUACCAGACGACACACAUAUACUAAACCUCAGCGACAACUCUAUCGAAGAACUGAGUAGUGAUGUUUUCAACCAUCUGGUUGAACUUCGAGAACUGUAUAUGGUGCAAAAUGCAAUACGCAGCGACCGUCUGGACGUUGCCACUUUCAGCCGUCUUUCCAACCUCCAAUUACUAGAUAUGAGCAGGAACCGACUCAGAUUGCAGGAAGCAAGUGACAUAGAACCGUUUCUGCCUUUAUUCAGGCUGAAAACUCUAGACAUGGCACACAACAACAUUGCAACAAUCGACACGUCAUUUCUCACCGUAUUAGACCGACUUGAAAACCUCUACAUGACAAACAACCCACUGGUGUGCGACUGUAACCUCCUCUGGUUUAAGAACUGGCUGCUUAACAAAGGGACGCAGCCAAACUUUGCAGCAUCAGGGGUGCAGUGCUUCACGCCGGAAUCUGUGAGACAGCAGACGGUCGAUACUGCGAGGUUCUGCAUACCAGUGCAGCGUUGCUACUUUUGUGACUCAGCUUCCACCAACGCUGCCUGUAAUUUUGCGCAACAACAGUGCUCAGGAAUCAACCCGGCCUGCCAGAACGAGGUGCGAGUCACCAGCGGGAGGUUUCUGAUCAGCAAGAGCUGCCAGGCCCUGGAUGCCUGCCUCGUCAACGCCCAGCAGAACCAGAAUGAUUGCAGCUCGAGUACAGUGAAUUCCGUGUGCCGCUACUGUUGUCAAGGAGACAAGUGUAACGCCCCGGAAACCGCCAUUUUGAACGGGUACCGGUUUCCAUUCCCUGACGAGAUAACGGAACCGCCAACAGCAGCACACCAGGCACCUUUGCGGGAACUUGUCUGCGAGGGUGGCGAGUUCUCCAUAUCCUGCGGCAUGGGUGGGACCAUUGACGUUCAGUGGGCCCUGUACGGCCGCGAAGACGGCAGCCAGGCCUGCUUCACGCCCCGAGCCACUCCGUGCGGUGACCCGGAGGCCUCCUUAUCCAUCGUUCGAGAGAUGUGCCAGGAGCAGAUGCAAUGUGGAUUCGUCGUCAGUAAUGAACGAUUUGGGGGCGAUCCAUGUUAUCUGGUUCUAAAAUACCUGGUUGUAAACUAUACCUGCAAUGGUCAAGCAACUAGUACGCCUGUGCGACAGACUACCACAGCAGAAAGUACCAGACGGCCUCCGCCAGCCGCGCCGACAAGCCGACCACCGGUGCCAGCCCCAUGUCCGGCUGAGGAAACCCAGGGUGUGACGGGGACGUUUCAGUGGCCAGAGACGUCUUCUGGAGAUAUUGUCAUCCUGCCGUGUGCGUACGACCUUCAGCUGAAGAGUGCCACAAGACUAUGUGGGGACGACUCAACUGGUUGGGUUGAGCCGAAUACCCGCGAAUGUCCGACUGCCUCCACAAUUCUCGAGGAACUAUCAAACGUUACCAUCGUUAGGGGAAACGCCUUGGACGUUUCUGAAACUUUGACUGACGUCACUUCAGUCCCGGAUGUUCUGAAGCCAAAUGACGUCAGCAACGCUGUAAAUACUUUUGAAAAUCUGGCGAAUGCCCUCGGUAAUUAUCAGGAGGAAAGCCCAGACGUCUUUGGGAAUGUUUUGGACACCUUAGAUCAACUAACCGGAGUGCCCAGCGACCAGCUCGUACAAAGUCAGCUGAAUGACGACUCUUCAUCCAGGCUUCUCCGCUCUGUUGACACUUUCAACCUCGGGGUCCAGUUCCAGUCCAAUGUUCUUGAGGAAGACACACCCUCUGUGGACGUAGUGCUGGUAGACAUCACUGAUCCAAUGGACAACGGCCUGCUGUUCUUUGGAUCCGGCAAAGACCUAGAUAACGCUCAACCCACAUUGGUAUCUGGUUCAGCCAGCAAUGCAGACGAGGUCCAAACCAACAACAAGAGCUCCAGCACGGAUGAGAUUGUCAAGGGUUCUAUCUACCUGCCAAACUCCUUGCUUAAAUCCGUGGGAAACAAGCUGUCGCGAUGCCAGUUUGUCAUGUACGAGGAAACCACAUUUUUCGACGUUAUCCAAGAAUCAGCAAGGAACAGAACUAUUUCCAAUAAGCAAGAAGACGAGGUUGAUGCUAUCCCAACGACAGACAGUGGGGUGUCGACGACGGACGUUGCGACCAACUCUACCUCAGCAAGUACAUCCCCACCUGCAGAUUGUAUCGCCGUUUCAUGUCGCGAGGGGUACAAGACCGUCAUCAACAGCGUCGUCAUAUCCGCUGCGGUAGCAGACCUAAAUAUUACCAACUUGCAGGAGCCAGUGACAGUCACAUUUCGUAAAGCAAGGAUGGAUGCAGACAAUCCCCGAUGUGUCUUCUGGGACGAGGCAAAAAACGGUGGUUGGGGAGGCUGGUCCAACGAGGGCUGCAGCCUGGAUAUCAACAACAACAUAGACGACACCAACGUGGUUUGCAAGUGUAACCAUCUCACCAACUUUGCAAUGCUGAUGGAUAUAUACGAUGGGCCGGAUAUUCCGCCAGGUCAUCAGCUUGCACUGUCUAUUAUAUCAUACGCUGGAUGUACGCUUUCCCUCAUCGGACUUGUGUUAACUCUAGUAACGUACACUUGCUGCGGCCCCAGAUCCAAAGCUAAAGUGCACGACAAAAAGUUCAGAGGCGACAAGCGCGCCAAGGUCCUUGUCAACUUCGUCAUCUCGCUGAUUUUUGUCAACGUCUUCUUCAUCGCGGCAUCCGUGACGGCCGAGUUCCGGGAGUCGGCGCCGGACGAGCUAUGUAUGGCCCUGGCCGUCUGCCUGCACUUCUCGCUCUUGGCCGCCAUGGCCUGGAUGGCCAUUCAAGCCUUUAACAUGUACAUGGCACUGGUCAGGGUCUUCGCAACGUAUUACUCUCACUUCCUGCUCAAGAUGGUGAUCGUGGGCUGGGGUAUACCACUUGUCAUUGUCGGGAUAACGUUAGGUGCAGACCUUCAAAACUAUGGCAGCAAUGAUGAUCUGUGCUGGCUGAGUGGGAUCCCAUUCUAUGUGGCCUACCUCCUCCCUGUCUGCCUCAUUCUCCUCUUUAACGUGGUAGUCUUCGUGGCGGUCACUUGGAAGCUGUGCCAACUGCGCAAGAGCAAGAUCAGCACGUCAGAUCGCUUCGACGUGGCGGCCCAGCUCCGGGCCACGGUCAGUGUCACCAUCCUGCUGGGGCUGACCUGGCUCCUGGGCUUCUUCGCCAUCGGCGAUGCCAGCCUGACCUUCAGCUACCUCUUCGCCGCUUUCAACUCCCUGCAGGGCUUCGCCGUCUUCGUCUUCCAGUGCCUGCUGCAGCCGGAGAUGCGGCAGCGGUGGGUGUUGGCCUGCUGCCCGUACUGCGCGCCGGAGACUGGUGACUUCCGCGACUCUAAGUCUGGAGUGUAUUCCAGAUCUGAAAGCCAGACUAAUGGAGCAAAGGCACCCAACAAUAACUGGAGGAAAGGUACCACAUCCACAGCCGCAUCUUCGUAUAUGGCUUUGAAUACACCUGGAGCUGUAAAAGACAAUCCAGUCUAUGAGAAUACAAGUGCACGCUGAGGGUAGAAGCUACGCAAGGGCGGGAGGCCAGAAGACAAUCAAAAUGGAACUUUCCAUUCAUGUGCAUUCACAACGACGGCCUUCAUUGCAUUGUGUUUUACUAUAAAUCUGUAAUUUGUAAAGUAAACUGUGAUUCUUACUGAAUAUUUUGUGAUUUUUAAAAUCAAUAUUUAGCAGUAGUUUACAUUAGUGCUAGCAUUUUCGCGCCGAAUAUUACACACAGUUUUGACUGAGCAUAGGCCUAAUUAUUUAAUUUCACUUUCAUAAAAAUAGACUGAUAUUUUUGUACAGAAUUAUUGUUGUCGAGAAGAAUUAAGCAAAUACGCCUACAAGUACUUUAACUUUGGCUCACUGUAGUGUAAUUCACUGCCCAAACUGAUUCAGUUGAUACUUUUGAUUGAUACUGAUCUUUUCAGUACCUGUAACAUGAAAUCUGAGGUUAUGCCCUAUAUCAUGCUGGGAGAUAAUCUUCAAUGGGGUUUGGGCGAGCACGACUCGGCCCUGUUUAUUUUCAAGUCGACUGAGUUUGCCUCUAAGAUUUAAAACAUUUCUCUCUUCCAAACCUCGGCGGCACCACGGAGCAUCUGAAAUCCUGGAACAGUCAGAGAACCCUGGACUCCCAUCGCAGCCGCUUCGCGUAGGCGCACCGGCGUUAAAGGCAGCACGUAGAACCUGUUUAUUUUAAAUCUCAAUCAGUGAUCUCGAUGCUGCCUCGCUCCUUCCAUUAGGUGGGUGCUGAUGUCAGUGAACUAACGUUGGAUCACUGAUGCGAUCCGGAUUUGUGUGAAAUAAACAGGCCUACAGGUUGGAUUUCGGCCAUCUAAUGAAUGCACCCAUUUCUGGCUAUGCUAUCAGUGCCUACACCAACAGGUGACUCUAGGAAGAGCAUUGUGAUUCAAAGUGUCAAAAUCUUCAUCCAACUUAGUGUUGCAAAAGUCUUGGAAAGGAGGGCGUGGGAAAGCGCGAUCCGAUGGCUUUUUCUUUUUUUUUAUUUCAAAACAUUUUAUUGAUUUCUUUCCCUCAGCUAGUUUUCAGUGAGGGAAUUUUGUAGUUCUUAAUUCUAGUUGGUGAAUGUCAAAGCUUCAUGAAUGAUCGCCUUUUGGGAGAUCAAGCUUGAUCUAUGUUGGCUGAUUUUACAUCUAUUUACGCACGCGUAAUGCAA